AUGAUUUUUAGGAAUUUGGUUCGUUACAAUUCUGAUUUUGUUGAAGUGUUUAUGAUUGAUUUGCCUUCGAGUAGUGAAAGUGUGGUGAGUAAUACAGUGUGUGAGGGUUCUAAUACCAUGCUCGAGGAGAAUGAUUAUUUGGGGUGUUAUAGGGCAGAGGCACCAAAGAGUUAUAUGACGAAAGGUUGGAGUUAUAUCCAUUCUGAAGGCCAAAAGUUUGAGGGUGGGGUUGUUGAGUUUAGGGAUAAGCUGCGUAAGUAUACGAGUUUAUUAGAAAUGACAAGGUUGGUUAAUGUUCACACAUGUCAUGGUGUGAUUCGUUUGAAGAAGAGUAAGAUGAUGGGAUCCAAGGUUGUCAAGUCUAUUGUAGUUGAUAAGAUUUGUGCCAAUCCAAACAAAAAGGCAAUUGAUAUAGCUGAUGAGAUCAAGAGUGAUUAUGGUUUGGAUGUUGCUUAUCGUACAGUUUGGUAUGGUACGGAGUUGGCAAAAACAGCCCUACAUGGUGAUGAAGCUGAUUCUUAUGCUCAGCUAUUUUGGUUCAGUGAGUGUGUUAUGAAGUCAAACCCCGACUCUAGGAUAGUGAUUGAGUUUCAUCUAGAAACACACAGAUUUCAGCGUAUGUUUGUUACCUAUUGUGCAUGGGUGAAGGGUUUUCAAUCUCGUAGACCUAUUCUUUUUAUUGAUGCUACAUUCAUUACCAACAAGUACAAGGGGCAGAUUAUUGCUGCAUCGGCAAAGGACCCAAAUCAAGGUUUGUAUGCAGUUGCUUAUGCUAUUGUGGAUUCUAAAAAUGAGAGUAAUUGGAGAUUUUUUCUUGAGAUUUUGGCUGAAGAGUUGGCAAAACACCCUAUGAGGAGGGUGACGUUCAUUUCUGAUAGUCAUGUUGGGCUUGUUAGUGCUUUCCCUAGAGUGUUUCCUAAUAAUCCACAUGGCUUUUGUUUUAGACACCUGAUGUCUAACCUUUCUGACAAAUUUCCAGUUGGUUCUUACCUCAAGGAUCAGAUUCCUUACUUGUUUAUGUGUUGUGCUUAUUCUCGCACACCAGAGAUGUAUGAGUUCAACAUGGAAAUCUUGAGGAGUGAAGGCGGUGACAUAGUUGCUCAAUUUCUGGAAUAUCUUCCGAAGGAGAACUGGUGUAUGGCUUACUUUAAUGGUGAAAGAUUUGGUGAAAUGACAAAUAACUUGGUUGAGAUUAGAGUGAAGUCCAUGGCUUCAAUUGCUGCUCAAAAGGAGGAUGCGCAGGAAUGGUCCUCUGAGUUGUGCCCAGCGAUUGAAAAGAAGCUGAAGGAGAAUUUGGAAGUCGGAAGACAUUGGAGAGUGAGCAGGUCUAAUACCUAUGUGUAUGAAGUUCACUGCCAGACGUACAAUAGCAUGGUAAAUUUAGAAACUCGCUUUUGUUUGUGUGGAGAAUGGCAGCUGUACGGCUUCCCAUGUUCCCAUGCCCUUGUAGUGAUCCAACAACAUGGUUCUUCCCGUAUUCGUAUGUCAAUGAGCUGUACAUGGUGGAGAAAUAUUGAGAAAUUUUGUGAAUGA